AUGUCCGAGAAGGAAGAACACAAGAAGAAGCACGGCUUUCUUUCGUUUCUUCACUUCACCAAAAAGCCGAAGGAAAGUAAAGAGGAGAAAGAAGCCAAAGAAAAGGAGAAAAAAGAGAAGAAAGAGAAAGAAAAAGAGAAGAAGCGGCGGUCCAAGCGGGUGAGUACAUCCUUUGAUGCUAAGCAAAAUGGGACUCCCGUGAUAACCACGAACCCUCCUCAAGCAUUAUUACCCAAAAAAAAUUUCGACUGGCAAGAAAGUACCAAACGUGUGAUCAACGAAGAACGCAUUGAAUCAUUUCCAAUCGCCGGGGACUUACCGCGACUUUUAAAGCACCUUCGAAUCACUAAAGAACUUGAAAAUGGAGAAUAUGACGUUCUCUUCCCUACCGAUGAUAAAGAGUAUCAAACUAACACUGCGGGUGACUGUUUCGACUUGAUCAAGUGUAUUACACAAAUAUUAGAAGGCGACGAACAAACAAAGCGAAUCGAAGACGAGUGGAAUGCCGUAAUGAGUAACGACCAAGACAUGAGUGUCCAAAAGACCUUUUUAAUGCGAAUUCUUUCUAAGGUCUUUGUUGAAGAAGGUAAGUUCAAGCCGUCGUCUCCCGUCAUCAAUUUCCUAAAAGGAGUAAAUCAAAAGAUUAUAGCAAAUUCAACUCUCCGUUUGAAAAUGGUAUGUGGGACAAUGCCUUUCAAAGACUCUCACCCCAUGUUUUGGGAGAUAGUCAUUGUGUUUCAAGACAAAGCUUAUGUGAUACAUUACAGAAAACAAGAAAGCAUCAGUAAAAAGCCUGAGGAAUAUUUCAGAUUCGAGUGGGAACUUCGUCUUGUCUUUAACAAUGAGUUGACUCAGUUUUCGGAGGUCGGGAUGGGGGUGUCCACUAUCGAGUUCGACCCACUCACAAAACAAGAAACAAGAAAGCUUGUAUUAGAGACACUCAAACCAAUUUGUUUCGCAGAUUUCACUGUUACUGAUAUCGACAAAAACGAGGAGGAGUGA